UCAUCCAAACAAAUAAAAUAAAUAAAUCCUCCAUCACUCAAAUAAAAAAGCACACAGCCUCUCUCUUUCCCUUCCCAUUCCUCUCCAUUUCUUCUCCUCCACAAUGCGGCUCUCACUACCAUUCUUCUUCUCAUCCUCCAUGGCUCUUUUUCCACUCUUCUUCCUCCUCUUCCUCUUACCUUCCUCAUCCAAUGCCCACAACAUCACUCGCAUUCUCGCCAAGUACCCCGAGUUCUCCACCUUUAACCACUACCUCUCCCUCACCCACCUCGCCGGUGACAUCAACCGCCGUCUCACCAUCACCGUCCUAGCCGUCGACAAUGCGGGAAUGGCUCCUUUGCUGACCAAGAAACUCCCCCUUUACACCAUCAGAAAUGUUCUCUCUCUCCAUGUUCUUGUUGAUUACUUCGGUGCUAAGAAACUCCACCAGAUUUCCAACGGGACCACGUUGACUGCAAGUAUGUUUCAGUCGUCGGGAUCGGCUUCGGGAACCGCCGGGUAUGUCAACAUCACAAACCUUAAAGGUGGGAAGGUUGGGUUUGGAGUUGAAGAUGGUGAUGGCAAACUAAGUUCUCACUUUGUUAAGUCCUUGAAGGAGAUCCCUUAUAAUAUCUCCGUCAUGCAAAUCAGUCAGGUACUGACAUCGGCUGAAGCCGAGGCGCCGACGGCUGGGCCAGGAGACCUGAACGUGACUUCAAUUAUGUCAAAGCAAGGCUGCAAAGCUUUCGCCGACUUGAUAUUGGCUUCGGAGGCUCGUACGACAUUCGAGACCAACGUUGACGCCGGACUAACGGUGUUUUGUCCCACCGACAACGUCGUCAAAGCUUUCCAACCCCAAUACAAGAACCUAACGGCAUCUCAAAAGGUGUCGUUGCUGUUAUACCACGGCAUCCCCGUUUACCAAUCCCUCCAAAUGCUCAAGACAAAUAACGGAAUCGUUAACACGUUGGCAACGGAACAUGCCAACAAGUACGAUUUCACCGUCCAAACUGACGGCGACGACGUGACGUUGGUGACCAAAGUUAACACGGCAAAGAUAACGGGGACGUUAAUUGAUGAGGAGCCUUUGGUGAUUUAUAAGAUUAAUAAGUUUUUGAUGCCUAAGGAAUUGUUCAAGGUGCCUGAAGCCAAGCCGCCGAAGCCGGCUAAGGAUAGCGGCAACGAUGACGAAGAUGCCGAGGCUCCUGCAGAGGAGUCCGACGAUCAGACGGCUGAUGAUCAGAAUGGAGCUAGUGGAUUAAUAAUGGACGGUGGAAAAUUGGUGGUGAUGGUGAUUUUGAGCUUGUGCAUGGGAUUUUUGGUUAUGUGAGUAAUAUUGUGAUGGUAGUAACAUGAUUUUUAUAUACCACAAAGGCCUUAAAAAAAAAAAAAAACAAAAAAAACAAAAAACAAAAAACAAAAAACAAAAAUGUUUUUAGUUACAUUUGGAGUUUUGAAUUGUUUUUCAUUUUUAUUUGUGGGGGGAAUGGGAAUGUAAUGAUAAUGAUAAUAAUCAGUCCCUAGCAUGAUUGAGCAUCA